ACCAACAUUUAAAACUAUAACAGUAAAUACAUGCUGCAGGACAAUAAGUCCCAGAAUUUUAUACAGUCUACGGUCUGUAUAAAAUAACCCAACCUCCUUUUGGAGUGACAGUUAAUUUGACCAAUCGUUUCACUGAGCAGAAUUGGGUAACACAUUCAAUCCACCAAUCACAAAGAAGCUCAUUGAAAGGAGACCUGCAACUGUGCCGUCUUUGUGUUGACAUCUUCGGAGGUUUAAGAGUGUUUGAAUGGAUAUUACCAGGUGCACGGAGAAAUGGGAGAGGCCUCCAACAUCCUCCAUGAUGCUGUCGAGCAAGAAGUCCGAUGCUGGCUCCUCUUCCUCCUCCUCCUCAUCUUCUGCAGGAGCAACAGGAGGUGAUAGGGCCCCAGUUGCUGAUGCCCAGACUGGUCCCUCAGCACCAGCUCCUGGCCCUAUGGAUGUGAAGAAAAAGGAGAGGUCAUCCCCUAGUGGGGAGCCUGGUGGGGCUCCUUUGCCCCACCAAGGAGGCCCUGGGGGGGCAGACCAAGACUCUGCUGAAGUUCGCAGAACAAGUCGCCGCAAGCGAGCAAAAGUGGAGUACCGCGAGAUGGACGAAAGUCUCGCCAAUCUAUCGGAGGAUGAAUACUACUCGGAGGAGGAGAGGAACGCCAAGGCGGAGAAAGAGAGGAAGCAGGUGAUUCCUCCUCCUCCUCCACCAGUGGAGGAGGAGAAUGACAGUGAGCCAGAGGAACCAUCUGGUGAGUCUAAAAGUGUAGAGGGAGCUGCUUUUCAGAGCCGCCUUCCUCAUGACCGCAUGACAUCCCAGGAGGCUGCUUGCUUUCCUGACAUCAUUAGUGGACCCCAGCAGACUCAGAAGGUUUUCCUUUACAUCCGCAACCGUACACUCCAACUGUGGCUGGACAACCCUAAGAUCCAGCUGACAUUUGAAGCCACAGCACAGCAGCUUGAAGCUCCAUACAACAGUGAUGCUGUGCUGGUCCACAGGAUACACAGUUACUUAGAAAGGCACGGCCUCAUUAACUUUGGUAUUUACAAGAGGGUCAAGCCUUUGCCAACAAAGAAGACUGGUAAGGUUAUAGUGAUUGGUGGAGGUGUGUCUGGUCUAGCUGCAGCCAGGCAGCUGCAGAGCUUCGGGAUGGAUGUUACUGUAUUGGAGGCAAGGGAUCGAGUUGGAGGCAGGGUGGCCACAUUCAGGAAGGGCAACUACGUUGCUGAUCUGGGAGCCAUGGUGGUGACGGGGCUAGGAGGGAAUCCCAUGGCAGUGAUCAGUAAGCAGGUUAACAUGGAGCUUGCCAAAAUCAAACAGAAGUGUCCGCUGUAUGAAGCCAAUGGCCAAGCUGGUGAACGGUGCACAAGUGUGCCAAAAGAAAAGGACGAGAUGGUGGAGCAAGAGUUCAACAGACUGCUGGAGGCCACCUCCUACCUCAGCCACCAGCUGGACUUCAACUUCCUCAACAAUAAACCUGUUUCUCUGGGACAGGCCCUUGAGGUGGUCAUACAGCUGCAGGAGAAGCAUGUUAAAGAUGAGCAGAUAGAACACUGGAAGAAGAUUGUGAAGACUCAAGAAGAUCUCAGGGACCUUCUCAACAAGAUGGUGACCACUAAGGAACGGGUUAAGGAGCUCCACCAGCAGUACAAAGAGGCCAGUGAAGUCAAACCACCCAGAGACAUUACGGCCGAGUUCCUGGUGAAGAGCAAGCACCGUGAUCUCACCUCACUCUGCAAAGAGUAUGACGAGCUGGUGGAGAUGCAGGUCAAGCUGGAGGAGAAGCUGCAGGAGCUGGAGGCCAAUCCACCCAGCGAUGUUUACUUGUCAUCCAGGGAUCGGCAGAUCCUCGACUGGCACUUUGCCAACUUGGAGUUUGCCAAUGCUACACCUCUCUCCACCCUUUCUCUCAAGCAUUGGGAUCAGGACGAUGACUUUGAGUUCACCGGGAGCCACCUCACAGUGAGGAACGGUUACUCUUGUGUUCCUGUGGCCCUGGCAGAAGGCUUGGACAUCAAACUGAACACAGCAGUGCGACAGGUUCGAUACACAGCUUCAGGUUGUGAGGUGAUUGCCGUUAACACUCGCUCCACGACUCAGACCUUCAUAUACAAGUGUGAUGCUGUGCUGUGCACCCUACCUCUUGGCGUGUUGAAGCAGCAGCCCCCUGCAGUGCAGUUUGUCCCACCGCUGCCCGAGUGGAAGACAUCUGCAAUACAGAGGAUGGGCUUCGGCAACCUUAACAAGGUGGUGUUGUGUUUCGACCGUGUGUUCUGGGAUCCUAGUGUCAACCUGUUUGGUCAUGUUGGCUCCACCACAGCGAGUAGGGGUGAACUCUUCCUUUUCUGGAACCUCUACAAAGCCCCGAUUUUACUCGCUCUGAUGGCCGGGGAGGCGGCUGGCAUCAUGGAGAACAUCAGCGAUGAUGUGAUUGUCGGACGCUGCCUGGCCAUUCUUAAAGGCAUUUUUGGAAGCAGUGCUGUGCCACAGCCGAAGGAAACUGUGGUCACCCGUUGGCGUGCAGACCCUUGGGCGAGGGGAUCCUACUCGUACGUCGCCGCAGGUUCUUCGGGUAACGACUAUGACCUGAUGGCACAGCCCAUCACUCCUGGCCCUGCUAUACCCGGAGCCUCUCAGCCCGUCCCUCGUCUUUUCUUCUCCGGGGAGCACACCAUCCGAAAUUACCCCGCCACAGUCCACGGCGCCCUCCUCAGCGGGCUCCGCGAGGCCGGACGUAUCGCUGAUCAGUUCCUGGGUGCCAUGUACACACUCCCCCGACAGGCCACACCCACAGCCGCCAGCAACCCUCCUCAGGCUCAACCUACCCCUGCAAACGUGUGAAAACAACUCCUGCAAACUCUGGACUGUCAGACCAAUCACAGCAUUGUUGAGAAGUUUACCCAUAAACUAUUAUUUCAAUGUGGGAAAUCUUGGAAGUCUCGCAUACCGUAGCAUUGAUGCCUUUACUAAAAACAGUGACAUGUGGGGGUUUUGAGUAUUCUGGGAAGGUGACUUUCCUCAAUUUAGCUCCUUAGACUCUAACUUUUGAAUGAUAGUCACUGAUGUUACGCGGCUUUGCUAUGUGAAGAAUAAAUCCCAGUUUUGUUCCAUCAUAAUGUGACGACUUAUCUAAGACUUUAUAAAAGUAAUCCCCCCACGUGUUAACAGAACACAAACAGCAUUUCAGUUGGUACCAGGAGUGAUUCGGUGUUUUGUAGUUCGUGUAGUUUGCUUGCAAAACUGAUCAUCUAUUUAUGUGCCCGUGUUUAGAGACUUCAUCUAUACAUGAUCUAGAUUCCACAUCAGAAAGACGACGUCUCAACCCACUAACACUGAUGUGCUUAUCUAAGCUAAAGACAUUUCCCUCUGGUGUCUUUCAGAGGCCUUUGUUGUGUUUGUCUUAAGGUUUCAAAUCAUCGCUAUGUACUGUAGCUGUUUGGAAUUUUCUUUCUUUCAUUUAGGUUGCAGAGUGUAGUAAAAAAAAAAAAAAAGUGUAUGUAUUAAAAG